AUGUAUCUCUCUGUUGUUCGUCAAGAGCAACAACUACAACAGGGAGAUGCUACUGUGGAUGAUUUCUACAAGGAGAUGUCGGCGGUGUGGCGCCAAUUGGACUCUCUGGGAGCUGAUGUUUGUCGCAGAUGUCAGUGUUGUGUGCAGCAACAAGCUAAGCUGGAGGUUCGUCGCCUCUACGACUUCCUCACUCGCCUCCGGCCGGAGUUCGAGCAGAGUCGUGCUCAGCUAUUGGCACGCCAUCCUCGGCUCUCUACUCUGGAGGCCCUUGCUGAGGUGCGAUCUGAGGAGGUGCGCCUACAGAGCACGGGCUUAUUGCCAUCCUCUUCAGCAGUCCUGGCUGCCCACGUUCCACCACCGCUGCCUGGUGUGCCCUCUUCUACACAUGUGGCAGCAACCUCCACUAGUGCUUUCUGCAACUACUGCAAGCAGGAUGGUCACAUGAUCACGGAGUGCAUCAAGAGGAGGAAACAGGGUCGCCGUGGUGGCCGUCCUCAAAAGGACUCGGGAGGCUCCUCUAAUUCUCGUGAGGGCUCCCUUGAGAAGGUUCACCAGGAGAUGCUCACCUUGCUGCGCCGCCUUACUGCUUCUGCACCAUCCUCAGGUUCUGCUGGUUCUGCUGGUCAGACGUCUGGUCCACCACCGCACUCUUCGUCAGGAUCGUCGUACGGGGACUCUAGUUGGGAUCGGUCCUCGGCGCCAUGACUCUCAGCGCCUUUGGGAGCUCGAUUGGCUGCGCCUUCCUUCCGCUGCGUCCUCUAGCCAGUCGGACAUCACCACCCCUUUUGCUUCAGCUGCCACCUCCACCACAUCCUUCGCUCAGUGGCAUCAUCGAUUGGGUCACAUUUGUGGCUCCCGCUUGUCUUCUUUGGUUAGGAGUGGUGUUCUAGGGUCUGUAUCUGGUGAUAGUUCACUAACUUGUAUGGGUUGUAAGCUUGGCAAGCAGAUACAACUUCCAUAUCCCUCUAGUAAUUCUGUUUCUCAACGACCUUUUGAACUUGUUCACUCUGAUGUAUGGGGUCCUGCCCCCUUUGUUUCGAAAGGGGGUCACAAAUAUUAUAUAAUUUUCAUUGAUGA